GUUAAGGACUAGACCACCACAGUGCGAGCUGAGUUAGUGAAGGCCUUGUAGCCUGAUGUGCAUGGGUAUUAGCAAUCAUUAUGGUGCUGCGAAGCAAAAUGCGUUCGCCAUGGAUAUGGACUAGAGUGCGGGUUGGCUGCAUUCUUUUGGUGCUCGGCUAUGCUUUGUCGGUUGUCGAGUGCGCAUAUGCACCGGCAGCUCUGCUGGCACAACCAGAUGGCGCAGUUGCAAUUAGUGCUAGUUUACAGCCAAUCUUUGAUGAUUUGCAAGUAGCUGGUUCCGAGAAGCAUGAACAUGAAGAUGAGAAAAAGGAGGAGGAAGAAGAAGCGGAGGAGGAGGAAGAGAAAGAGGAGUCGUUUGAGGAGAAAUCCGAAGAAGAAAAACAUAGCGAGAAGAAGAAAAAGAAGGGUGAAAAGGGGAAGAAGGGCCACAAGGAGGAGGAACAUCAUGAGAAGGGCGAAAAGGGACAUCACGACAAAGAGGGCAAGAAAGGCGAGAAGGAAGAAGAGCAUGGACAUGAAAAAAAGCACAAAAAGGACGAAGGUCAUCACAAGAAACAUAAGAAAGGUAAAAAAGGUGAAAAGGGACAUGAAUUUGAAGAUCACGGCUCUUACAAGAAGGGACACUCGAUAAAAGGCAAACAUCAUGUACACAAACUGAACGAGGAUAAAAAGGAAAAGAAAUACUAUGACGAACAUCACGAUGAAGGUGAAGAGGAAAAGCACGGUGGUUUUGAGGAGUUGAAGAAACACAAAAAAGGCGGUCAUCAUAAAAAGGGCGGCCAUAAGAAGAGCGCUCAUGAGGAUGAAUAUGGAAAGAAGGGCCACAGCAGGAAGGGACAUAAAAAGAAAGGACACAAAGGCCACAAGAAGAAACAUGAAGAGAAGAAGAAAUGGGGCGAAGAACAUGAAGGUGGCAAGAAAAAGGGUGAGAAGGAGAAGAAGAAAUGGAAAAAGUCGGAAAAGAAGGAGAGUAGCAGCAGUGAUGGAAGCCAUGGCCAUGGACAUGAUUGGUGAACUAUUACACAUAUGAAAAUGGUUAAAGCAUUGGCUGUGGCAGUGGCGUUGGAAGUGAUACAUGAAUUCGUUUCAAUAAACAAGAAUUAGGUGUUGGUAAUACUAUUUUGAUAUUCGCUUAUUAAUUGUAUGUAAUGUGUUUUUGUGAUUAUUAUUGUUAGUAUAACGAGCCGCGAACUUAGAUAUGUACUGUUAUUUUAUUU